UUCUGAUUGGAGGGAGGGGAAGGGCGCGGCCCCGCCUACCAAGAUGGCGGCGCCCAUGAGAGAGGAGGGAAGAGCGUCGCCAUCGAGGGGUUUAGUCCAAGUUCUUAGCCUAAUAAAGAAGCAGCAGAGGGGGCUCGAGGCGAGAAGCGUCGCUUAUUUUGAGGGGAAGGAGAAGAGGUGACCGCUGUGGCUCUUGUGAAUGGCAAAAUCAGCAGCAACAAAAGGCCCGGGACUCGCUGUUUUAGCCAUCCAAAGUAUUCAUUCCUGUUACGUCACGGAGAAAGGACCAAAACUUCAAGCAGCAUGGAUGCCUGACACCUUCUGAAGCAUUUUCUGAAAUAAAAAUUAGACUAUAUGUAGGAUAUAAAGGUCUCCACUGGGCACCCAAGACCUUCCAAUUCCUCGCCAAAGGAUUUUUUUCCAUAAAACUAUCAAAGAUAAUACAUCGUUAACCUGUCUUUUGGAAAGCAGCAUAACUCACUCCAGUCCACAAACAGCUUUUUCCUCUUUGCAGCAUCUCUUCCUUUCAGCCUCAGCUAUGGAGCUAGUGUUCCUGGUCAUCAACGGCAUGGCAAUGAUUUUGGACAUUGCCCUGAUGUUGCUGGACGUCAACUUCUUCCUCGUUUCAACCUUGGUCUCUGCUCUGGUUUGGCUGGUUGCAUUCAUUUAUAACCUGCCCAACACCUUGGCGGCUGGUGUGAUCCAGUGCUGGAACGGGAUCGGGCUGAUUCUACUCUGCAUCGCAGAAGCGGCAUAUUACCUGACCAUGGGCUCCCUGCACACUGUGUUCAAUGUGCUUCGUAGCCUCUGCUCCACCAUGGAAAGCUUGAAGUUAGUGGGCCACCUCUUUGCCCACAUAACUCUGAGGAGCAAAGAAAUCAUGCACCGAGGCUUCUGGAACCUGGUUGGCUCUGGCCAGUCGCUGGUGAGGCAAAUCUGCGAAGUCUGUGCCAUUGCCAUGAGCCUCGUGGCUUACUUAAUCAACAGCACUAUCAACAUCUGCCUCAUUGGUACCCAGAACCUUUUCUCUCUGGGGCUGGUGCUUUGGGAGACUAUUGCUGGCCCAUUUCUGAGAGUCACAGAUAUCUUUGCCGCUUUCGUCGCUCGCCUUUCCAGCAGCGCCAUUGCGAUGGCUAUUCUCUUGUGGACACCUUGCCAGCUGGCGUUUGAUCUCAUGGCCUCCGUGAGCAAACUACUAAUUAAUAUAUUCUUGCUGAACCUUUACGGCCUGGUGUUGCUGUCCGUGAUUGUUGCCGCCAGCAUCCUGAUCCUUAAUCCUCACCUGACAUGGACUUUGGCGGCCCAGGUGUCGGACUACCUGAACACCAUGCCGUCUUACCACCGCUUGCUCAGGGACUUGCGUCGUCUCUACCAGGCGGUGCUGUUGUCAUUGGAUAUGGUCCUGAGCUCACAAACCUGGCGCAGGUUAGCCGAUUGGAGUCUCCAGAUGGCCAGUUGGAAUAGAUUUGUUGGUGGAGCAAACCUCCAAGGCGAACAAGAGCAGCCGUUUGCGGUGGAAGCCAAUCAAGAAAGACAGGAAGUAGUUGGUGUGGUUCAGAGACAAGCUCUUCCUGCUGUGGCUCAUCCUAGAAGGCAAGGGGCACCUGUGACUGGUCAACAGGCUGUAGUCCGUCCCCGACACAGAGCCAACAGAGACCAGCCAAGGACAGAUGCUGACCUGGGACCAACCACACAACACAAUGCGGCAUCUGGACACCUUCAGGAUGAAGGACCAAGCACAUCAUCCACCAAACCUGUGACAAAAGGACACCUGAAUGCUCUGGAAGAGGACGACGAUCCAUGGCUGCUCCUCAAAGAGCAAGAGGAGCGAAAGAAGUGUGUCAUCUGCCAGGACCAAACAAAGACAGUCUUGCUGCUUCCCUGCCGGCAUCUUUGCCUCUGCCAGGAAUGCACUGAAAUCCUGCUGCAGCAGAACAUAUACCAGCGUAACUGUCCACUUUGUCGGCAGAUGAUCCUACAGACUCUUAAUGUCUACCUGUGAACAUGUUUUAUUUCGGGGGGGGGGGGGGAGAGAUAGCUAUAUCCACAUUCCAUCAGACUGUGUGAGUGUAUUGGCCACAAUGUCCUUUGGAGGCCAGGGCUGUGCUGAUAAUCCUCAUUAACACAGGUUACUCUUUUUUCUUUCCAAAGUACUAUUGUAAAUGAGUGAAACUUUGAAAACACUAUGCGUGGUUUCUAUGCACUUCUGUUUUCACUCUCUUGUUGCUGCCAUCAGAAAGCACAGUAGUGGAUCAGAAUGGGUGUCUGAAUCAUUAUUGUUCCUUGGUCAUAAAGGUGUUUUUAGUUGAGAUAUUUUGAUUAUUCAGAAGUGGGGCUUAAAAAUGCACCAAAUACUUUGCAGUUCGAGAUAUAUCAAUGAGUUGAUGGCAAGGAACUGGUUAUUUUAAAAACAAGAUCACAACCAGGUGCCGAAAUCCCAGGUAUUUUUAUUUUUAUAUACAUUAGAGUCUAGAACAGACUUAGAUAAUGCUGCUGAUCGGCAGCUCUCAUUAUAGACAGUGGUGAGGAAUGCUGGGAGUUGUAGUCUUAACAAUUUCCAGAAGGCAAUACAAUUCCUAUCCUUGGUUUAGAACAUAGAAUAAGACCUGAACUCUGUUCCUAGGUCUGAUUGAAGCAGUCCCAUCGAGCCAGUUGCUGAAUCCCAUUGACUUUGUGAGUUUAGUUGGGAAUAAUAGUAGAAUUCAGACUUUCCUUAGCAGGAAUAAUUCUUAAUAAAGUUUGGGGGGGGGAAAGCCAGGGAAUGGCCUUUUAUUUCUUUAUUGGAAGUGUGGUGCCUUCCAGAUGUUUUAGAUUUCAAUUCUCUUAAUCCCUGGCUCUUGGCAGUGUUGGUUAAGGCCAAUGGAAGGUGUAGUUCAGCUGUUAACAUUAACACUGUGGGAUAAUGUGCACUUUUCUCAUGGGAAGGCCUAUAAACUCAGAUCAGUAACUAUCUAACUGGUGCUAUCCACAGAAAGGGUUGUGAGUGUAUCCUAUAGGACAGUGUUCCUCCAUCAAAGAAGCAUAGCCAGUGUGUUAGAUGAUCCUGAAAUGUCCCAUAAUAGUCCAUUUGAUGGUGUGGUUUCAAAAGAACCUUGACAAUGGUCCAAAGCAUUUCCUAGCCUUCAGUUUUCCUGUCUCUUUGAGGCCUUCAGAUCCAUAAGAAAGACAAGCUGGACACCCAACAAAUGUCUUUCACUAUAGUUUGCUUUCUAAUUACAUUUGUUAACAUCCGUUGGCAUGCAACCUCUGCAGGUCGCCGAUGCCAAAUUGCCAUUCCGGCCUUGUUGCACAAUGUAUUCCACUCCCUUUGGGGCAAAAAGCUGAUAAUAGGAUAACAUUCGGUUUGCUAACAACAAUGUUCUAUCAGCAGAGCUGGAGUCGUAAUAGUUUGCUUCCAGGCGCGACUGAGAUAACCAGAGUAAAAGCUGUUUAUGACUCCU